AUGGCCACAUCAACUGGCGGAGGAUGGGCCCAGCUACGCCAGCAGGCUCGGUCACUCGAGACCCAGACCGAAUCCCUUUUUCACACAUACUCUCAAUAUGCUUCAAUGUCACAAUUGCCCCCGAAACCGUCAGAGGAAGAACAACGGGUAGAGGGCCAAAUCCAGAGUCUCCUUGAAAAGCGCGAAGCAUUAAUCGGCCAACUCMCCCGCCUCCUCGACUCCGAAGCAACCCUGACCUCCUCAGCCCUCAAGCAAAACAACCUCGCCCGCCACCGCGAAGUACUCGCUGAACACCGCCGAGAACUAAAUCGCCUCUCAUCCAGCAUCUCCGAAGCCCGUGACCGCGCAAACCUGCUCUCAAAUGUACGCUCCGACAUCGACGCUUACCGAUCCUCAAAUCCGCAUGCCGCAGAGGCCGAAUACAUGCUUGAAGAGCGCGGGCGCAUCGACAAUAGUCAUAAUAUGAUGGAUAGAGUGCUAUCGCAGGCAUAUGCUGUCAAUGAAAACUUCGGUCUGCAACGCGAGACUCUAGCCAGCAUUAACCGGCGCAUUGUCGGUGCUGCAGGACAGAUUCCGGGAGUCAAUUCAUUGCUCGGAAAGAUAGGUGCUAAGCGGAGACGGGACGAUGACAUCUAUCUGGUUGACUCUUGA